AUGCUAUGCAUGUUUUCUUCAGAAGUGGGUCCCACUGUGUUCAUUGGGGCUCACUCCCAGGUAAGUGAACAUAGGCAUGAACAAGGCCGGCCCACCCAUGAGGGAAGGUGUGGCAACUGCCUCAGGUGGCAGACCCACAAUCCUGCUGUAUAUAUUUACAACCCCCUUCUUCCUGAUGCAGAUCUUCACUUCUACCCCUUUUUCCUUAGUAGGGAGGAGGUGGCACCAUUUUGUGGCUCGCCUCAGGUGCCGAAAUGUCUUGGGCUGGCCUUGGGGUUGAAAGCUUCGACCUUCCAUCAGUUUUGCCUCAUCGGCUGA